CUUUUCGAAAUUGGGGCACUCGCGGCCCGUAAUUUUGCCAGCCCGCAUAAAAUUUCUCGCCCCCCCAAAGGGCGCCCGAGCCCGGCGCGAGCGCCCAAACAGCCUUUUCAAGAGACUCCGCCGCUCGCGCACGGGAUGCGAGCUCGUCUUCUGCUAACACGUGAGGCAGAAAAAAACCCGACUCGGUUUUCCCUUUUCCCUCUUUUCUCGCCGUCUCUCUCCCUGUUUCGCGGCGGGAGGCAGGCCACGGGGUCCGCAGCGUCUCCAGCUAUAGGCAGACUCAUGGUUGUUGAAUGGUGAGGUGGUUGCAAUGGUGCCUGGACAUCCAUCGCAAGGAAAUACUUAAAGCGUCAUGCAAAGAACUAGAGAGAUUUGCCCUUGCUAACUUUUCAAACCAUCAAGGAGCUGGACUGGGACCAUCAGCGCGCAGGAUAGCCUCCCAGUGCCCAAGCCACACGCAGAAAGUGUUCAGGAGCCCUUUAUUGAAAGCCGGCCGCAUGAUGAGUGUCUUCACACAGCAGCUCAACCCAAUCACCGGCAAAAUGGAGUGGGGCAUCCAGCCUGAGGAUUACGACUACAAGCAAGAAGUAGCCAGGUCGUCCUAUGCAGAUAUGUUACAUGACAAGGAAAGAAAUGACAAAUACUAUGAAGGUCUGAGACGUUCAAUAGCAGACCUGCGGAGACGAGGGCAAGAAGUCCACGUGCUGGACAUCGGUACUGGCACAGGCUUGCUGUCUAUGAUGGCAGUAGCGUGUGGAGCUGAUUCAGUCACUGCUUGUGAGGCAUUUUACCCAAUGGCUGAGUGUGCAAGGAAGGGGUUGAAGGCCAAUGGCUGUGCAGACAAGGUGCACCUGAUCCCAAAACGGUCAACAGAAAUUGAGGUUGGUCCAGGAAAGGACAUGGAGAGGAAAGCUAACCUCCUUGUGGCAGAGGUGUUUGACACGGAACUCAUUGGGGAAGGUGCCAUCGACACUUACAGACAUGCCCGGGAUUUCCUUUUGACGGAGGAUGCCCUUUUGGUACCCUCAGAAGGCACAGUGUAUGCUCAGGUUGUGUCGUCAAAGAUGCUUCAGAGGUGGAAUCGAGUCCAACCCGUAACAAGAAACAUUCCCGGUAGCAGUCAGUCAGAGGUUUUGGUGUCGGUGCCAAGAGUGGUUCAGGAGUGCCCAGGUGCCGCAGCGGUUCAUGAUCUGCAACUGUCACAAGUUCCUAGAUCUUGGUUUACACCCAUUUCAGAACCUCUUCCAGUCUUCUGGUUUGACUGGAGUGGUAGACGGCAAGACAUCCCUUGUGAUGAGACCACUCGCAUCAAGUUCAAGACACUUGCAUCUGGAAACUGCGAUGCCAUCUUGAUGUGGUGGGACAUACGCAUGGACCAGGAUGGGGAAGUGAUGCUAAGCUGUGCUCCUUAUUGGGCUCAUCCUGAUCUAGCAGGGAAGAUGUGUGUGAAGAGCGGCCAGUGUGUGAGUGUGGGAUCCACAUCAUAUCCUCACGGACACGCCUUGGUCAGAUCAAUGAUCCUCGCAGGUUGAAGGUCUAUGUGCGAGUACUAGAAAAACUCAUCAGACCUGAUAGUGUGUGUCUAGCCCUGGGCGACUGUUGCUUCAUGGCUGUGGCGGCUGCAAAGCUAGGAGCACGACAUGUUUACCUAAGUGAGGCAAGUGAGGCCUCGAGACGCGUUAUGCAAGAGUUUAUCAAAGCCAAUGACGUCCAGCACAAGGUCACCAUUUUGCCAGAUGACAUGAGUGAUAUGUCUGUUGAUCAGCUUGUAGGGCCUGCCACAGUGACCUUCAGCGAGCCCUUCUUUACAACCUCCUUGCUCCCAUGGCACUCACUCUACUGCUGGUACAUGGCCAACAGCUGUUUACAUCUCAUGGCCCCAGGUGCUCACAGAGUACCAGGUUCUGUUACGGUCUGGGGCCUGGCAGUACAGUACCGUGAUUUGUGGAAGAUCCGGGCUCCUUUGCACCAGUGUAAUGGAUUUAAAAUGGAUAUAUUUGAUAAGCUCAUCGAGUCAGCAUGUGAUGAGGCUGACGAAAUCAUUGAACCUCAGCCCCUGUGGGAAUACCCCUCAAAGGCCCUGAGCCAGCCAUUCCCCCUUCUUCAGUUGGACCUAACUGCCCCCAUUCCAGACAACCCUGUCAGUAGUAAGAGCUCAAUCAGCCUCCCGGGCACUGGGCUCGUAAAUGGUGUUGCACUCUGGGCAGACUGGCACAUGACCGAUGAGCCAGAAUAUGCUCUGACCACAGGACCUGUAGAGCCUGUGGUUCUUGAUCAACAUGUCAGCUGGGAUGUCUAUAGUCGACAGGGGGUCUAUCUUGUGAAGAAUCCAGUGGAGAUCAAUCCCUCGCAGCAACACACUUUAGAGUACGCUGUGACGUUCAAACCCAAUGAUGGUACAAUAGUGUUUGAUUUCCAGGUUAAGCAGCAGUUGUGAAACCAGACUAGAUGUGAGUCAAAAAAACACAAGUGAUAAUCAUGUGGAGGGUGUAGUUUGAAUACUUAAUGCAUUGUGCUUUUUGUAACCAAAGUAGGAGAAGGGUGUUAAAGAUAGUUCAUUAAUUUAUACAGCUUUGGGAAUAAAGUUUGGGGCCACUUUCUUCAUGAAUUAUCCAUCUGCUCUACCUUCACAUGGUUUUAUCCUUCAUCCUCAGACUAGUGCUCAUCAUUGCUUUUCUCAAUUAUCCACUCCUAUUUUCUCCCAUGUCUCUCCUCCCAGUUCCUCUUCUCAUCUGCUAUCACCGUGACUGGUUAUUUUCUUCACCAUAGUCAUUUUAUCAAUGCCAUGUCAUACACUCCAGUAUCACAUAUAAUCCCUUCACAACAUUGCCACUCAACACACUAUGCGGUGCUAUAACACAGUAGGUCAUUUGACUGAAGAAUGUAUCCAUUUCUUAGUGCAAAUAUAUUUCUCUACCCAUUAUGAAAUGCCACUGUUGUCUCAUUUUUGGGGGUGAGAAAUAGUAACAAGUUUGUUCCUCGGACAUUAUUUACAAGAAAAUGUAGUUCCUGUUUUAGGUUACUGCAUCUGACUCUAAAGCUUACAGUAAGGCAUUAUUAUAGGAUUGUUGGUACACACAGUAGUUGAACUAAAAGUAUACGAUGUACACUAAUUGUUGAAUCUCUUGAUAUAAGCAGUUAGAUGUAGGCUGUAUCUGUACUUCUCUCCUGUGAUGUGAAAAGUGAUGUCAAAUCUGCUGCUGUGUCGUGCCUACUCUCAAUAGGGAAGCUUCCAGAACCAUGUGGUUGUGCUGCAAAUAAUGUGUGUUUCUGUGUAUGUAUGUUUAUGCGAUGGGAAAAUGCAUUGCAUUUUGUUUUUUUGAUUUAUUUGUUCAGU